AUGCUGGCGAGCGACGGUGCCGCCGGCGCGGUUGUUGUGCCCGGCGGCGGGCCGGGCGGGACGGCGCACAGCGUGUCGGUGUCGUCCACGUCGAGCGAGGCCGGUGUCGGUGGUGGCGGCGCGGUGGAGGACGAGGCCGGGAAGUGCAAGAAGGAGGAGGGCGAGGGCGACGACGAGAGCAAGGAGGCGGCGGCCGAUGGGGAGGCGGACAAGACCAAGAAAGGGGCGGCGAAGGGGAAAGGGGCCGCCAAGGCCAAGGGGGAGAAGCGGCCGCGGCAGGCGCGGUUCGCCUUCAUGACCAAGAGCGAGGUUGACCAUCUGGAGGACGGCUACCGCUGGCGCAAGUACGGCCAGAAGGCCGUCAAGAACAGCCCAUUCCCAAGAUGCAGGAGCUACUACCGGUGCACGACGCAGAAGUGCCCGGUGAAGAAGCGGGUGGAGCGGUCGUACCAGGACGCCGCCGUGGUGAUCACCACCUACGAGGGCAAGCACACCCACCCCAUCCCGGCCACGCUGCGCGGCGCCAACCACCUCCUCGCCGCGCACGCGCACGCGCACGGCGGCCACGGGCUCAUCCACCCAGGCAUGUUCCGGAUGCCGGCGCCGCCCGGUGCCUUCCGUCCCGGCGACGCGCUCGGCAGCUUCCUGCAGCAGCAACACGCAGCCAUGCAGCACCAGCAGCAAGUCGCCGCGGCGGGGAUGGCGAUGCGGCAGGCGAACGCCAUGGCGAGCAGCCACAUGCAGCAGGCGCCUCCUGCUGACCGUGGCCCGGCCGCCGCCAUGGCCGGUGGUACGACGGGGAACAGUACCCAUACUGUCAGCAGCAGUAGUGGUACUGAUCCGCUGCGGAUGGAGCACCUGAUGGCGCAGGACUACGGCCUGCUGCAGGACAUGCUCAUGCCGCCGUCCUUCGCCCACAGCGACGGCGCCACCAACAGCAAUAACAACGCCCACAACCGCCAUUGA